CUACAUUGGAGAAAGGUUUUAGAAUUCUGAGAAAGGAUAAAUUAAGAAGAAAAGGAGAUGAUGAGCUGCUUCUCUUGUUGUAGGGUGGAGGUACAGCACCGCACUGCUUCCUUUAAGGAGAGAACCAAUGCCGUUGGUGGCAAUAACAAAAAUGGGAAAUUCUUGAGGUCUUUCAUGAAUAAGUUAUCAAGCAAAACAGGUGGCAGUAAGCAGAAGAUACCUGAAGAAAUUCAAAAUAUUGGAAAAGCAAAAGUUUCAGCUCAUAUUUUCACAUUUCCAGAACUAGCAGUUGCUACUGACAACUUCAAUCCUAAUUGUAUGAUAGGCGAAGGUGGAUUUGGAAGGGUCUACAAAGGAUACAUAGAGAGCAUUGAUCAAAUUGUAGCUGUGAAGCAACUUGAUAGGAAUGGAAUGCAAGGAAGUAGAGAAUUCUUCUCAGAGGUUCUGAUGUUAAGUCUGGUUCACCAUCCAAACCUUGUGAAUCUGAUUGGCUAUUGUACAGAUGGGGAUCAAAGAAUUUUAGUUUAUGAAUACAUGCCAAAAGGAUCUUUGGAAAAUCAUCUUCUAGAUUUACCUCCGGGUCAGGAGCCACUGGAUUGGAAUACUAGGAUGAAAAUAGCUGAAGGAGCAGCCAAAGGACUAGAAUGCCUACAUGACUUUGCUGACCCGCCAGUAAUUUAUCGUGACUUUAAAGCAUCAAACAUAUUACUAGAUGCGAACUUCAAUCCCAAACUCUCUGAUUUUGGACUUGCAAAGUUAGGCCCAACUGAAGGGAAGGACCAUGUAUCAACAAGGGUGAUGGGGACCUAUGGUUAUUGUGCUCCGGAGUAUGCAAUGACAGGGAAGCUGACAACAAAAUCUGAUGUUUACAGUUUUGGUGUAGUGUUUCUGGAGCUUAUCUCGGGGAGGAGAGCUAUUGAUAUUGAAAGACCGACCGAAGAACAGAACCUGGUUGCUUGGGCAGAGCCAUUAUUUAAGGAUAGGCAGAAGUUCAUGUUGAUGGCAGAUCCUCUGCUUGAAGGGAAUUGCCCUGAAAAGGGUCUUUAUCAAGCUCUUGCAGUUGCAGCAAUGUGUCUUCAGGAGGAAGCUGAUUCGCGGCCAUUGAUUGGUGAUGUUGUAACUGCCCUUGAGUUUCUGGCCAGGGCAAAGGAUAAUGACAAUUGCUGCAGAAUCACAAAAAAAACAGUAGCAUGCAUGUUAAAUCCGUGAAAGAAGGAAGUAGCAAAGAGACCGUGGGUUGUAGAUAAUGUAGCUGGGGUGAGCAAUCUUGAAGCUUGGAAAUAUUGCAGAACUGAACCAACUAAAAUUGGAACCUAAAUUUUCUCAAGCUACAAGUUGUUCAUACCAUAUUAGGGUGUUGUUGUGUAGAUAAUUGUGAGUCUGUCAGCUAUUUGAUUAAGGGUAUAAUGGUUUGUGUAGCAAUCGUAGCCAUUUCUAAUAUGAUUCUGGGAGCCACUUGGUGGUAAGUUAUCAUGUUCAGUUGACUCCAGCGGAGCUGUUGUCAAUAAUCAAUGCAUUUUGUUGGGGGAUGCUUUUACGACAAUAGGAGAAUGCAGACAUCAUUUCUAUUGAUAGCGAUAUUUUUGGAAGAAAAACAAUGAUUUCUUUCUACUAUCUACUAGGAAAAAGAAGAAUAAGAAUAAGAGAGAGGCAGUCCAAAGAAACAAAAAAGAAGGCACAUCGGGGCUGUUAUGGCACCAUCACAUUUCAGAAUUGCUUAAAUUCC